CGAACGUAUUAUCCAAUAGAACCAAACACCAUGACUGCUCGACACGUCAGAGGGGCAAACCCGUAAAUUCGUGCCAAACAUAAACCAACCACCGUAAUUUCCAAAUCACCCUCCUCAUUUCACCACGCACCCACCCAAAAACCCCUCCUUUUUACUUUGAUUCCAUCGCCGCCGACUACUCCAACCUUUUUUCACCUCCACCGUCGCCGUCAAUCCCAUGGAACUCCUCGCCGGCGCGGCCUUCGCGGAGGGCGUGGACCCGUUUCCCGAGCCAUCCCCGGCGUUAAUCUGCCACCAGGGCUCGAACCCGGCGACCGGAGUUCGCUAUCCCGGCGAAGGCGUUCAUUACGGCCGCCCGAAGCUGAAGCCGAUCAGGUGCGCCUUCAGGUCGCCGCUGGAGGCCCCGGACGGCGGCGAGGGCCUUCGGGUGCGCGCGGGCGAUGAUGGGUCUGAGGGUCCGAGCGGAGCUGGAGUUGCUGACGCGGCGGAAGGGUGUGGGCUCGGGUCCGACCUUCGUGAGGGGAGCGGGGACCCGGGCAGUGCGAAGCGAUUCUGGGAGGAGUCCUGGGGUUCGUCAUCAGAUAAGGGCGAUGAUGCAUCGUCAGAUGUUCGAGAACUUGAUAACCGCAGGAGGAAGAGAACAACAGGGAAGAAACUCGAGCUCUUCAUGAAGGAUAUGGUAAUGAAACUGAUGGCGAGGCAGGAGCAGAUGCACCAGGAGUUAGUACAGAUGUUAGAGAUGAAGGAAAGGGAGAGAAUCAGUAGGGAAGAGGCUUGGCGGCGGCUGGUGAUGGAACAAAUAAAAAGGAAUGAGGAACUAAGGGCGCAAGAUACUUCUCGUAGUCUCGCCCUUAUUUCGUUCAUUGAGAAACUCACGGGACAUCAAGUCCCUCAACAAUUAAAUAGCUUGUCUGUUGAGGAAGAAGAAGAUGAGAAUCAAGGUUCAAAGGACGUUGAGUUUGAUCCGCCAAAUUCGGCAAAAAAGUGCAAUCCAAACCAGAAACAAAAUAAUGGGAGGUGGCCCGCGUCUGAAGUACAGGCACUCAUUGCUCUCCGAGCGUCUUUGCAACCUAAGCUUCACACGGGGUUCAAACGCUCCAUUUGGGAAGAAAUAUCACAGAGCAUGUCGGCUAUGGGAUACAAGAGGAGCACAAACAAAUGCAGGGAGAAAUGGGACAACAUAAACAAGUACUUCAAGAAGUCGAUAGAGAAAGGGAAGAAGCGUCCAGCCUAUAGCAAGUCUUGCCCGUAUUUUCAUGAACUGGAUGUCUUGUACAAGACUGGAGUGAUCGAUUCAACCAAUGCCCUCGACAGCUCGGGCCACAAACAAGAGCUCGAGCCCUGCACUGUCUAAGGUCUUCACGGCU